ACUCGAGCCAGCACCGAAAGAAAGCGACGAAACCCACCCCGUCCCCUUCGCACAUUCUCUCUCUCUCUCUCUCUCUGGCGCAGCGUAUGCAAGAAAAAAGUGCAGAAAGAAACGAUGCCCAACACAAACCAUAGGUAAAGCAAAGCACCAAGGGGAAAAAAACAUCCUCAUAAACAAGAAUCCAGUACACACCCAAAUCCACCCAUAAGUAGUCUUGAAUUUGAAACAAUCCCAAAUCCAUCUCUCUCUCUCUCUCUCUCUCUCUCUCUCUCUCUCUCUCUCAUGGGACUCUGUGCAAGCCUAGGAGCAUUCUGCUGCGGCGGCUCAAAGCCAACCACCCAAGAAAUCACAAUCAACUCCUCCUCCUCACAAGACUCUCCCCACCACCCUCCUCCUCAUGAAUACCAUCCCAUACCCAUAACCAGCCAAGAACCACCUGAACCCAAACCGGACCCACCAAAACUAGCCCCCUCCUCCUCCUCAUCAUCUUCCCAAAUCGGACCCAUUCUAAGCAGACCAUACGUUGACAUAACCCAAAUAUACGAUCUCGACAAAGAACUGGGGAGGGGCCAGUUUGGAAUAACUUAUCUAUGCACUGAAAAAUCCACUGGCUUGAAAUACGCCUGUAAGUCGAUAUCGAGGCGAAAGCUUGUGACUGACAAGGAUAUAGAGGAUGUUAGGAGAGAGAUUGCGAUGCUUGAACAUUUGAGCGGGCAACCCAAUAUAGUUGAGUUCAAAGGGGCGUACGAGGACAGGAGUAAUCUGCAUUUGGUUAUGGAGCUGUGUUCGGGUGGGGAGCUUUUUGAUCGGAUAACGAAGCAGGGGAGUUAUUCGGAGAAGGAGGCGGCGAGGAUUGGGAGGCAGGUGGUGAAUGUGGUUCAUGUGUGUCAUUUCAUGGGGGUGCUGCACAGGGAUUUGAAGCCUGAGAAUUUCUUGCUUAUGAGUAGGGAGGAGGAUGCUCCUUUGAAGGCUACGGAUUUUGGGCUCUCUGUUUUCAUUGAAGAAGGGAAAGUUUACGACGACAUUGUAGGGAGUGCUUAUUACGUUGCUCCGGAAGUGUUGAUGAGGAACUAUGGGAAGGAGAUAGAUGUGUGGAGUGCAGGAGUCAUUCUAUACAUCCUCCUAAGCGGAGUGCCUCCAUUUUGGGCUGAGACCGAGAAAGGCAUCUUUGAUGAGAUUUUAAAAGGCCAUAUCGACUUCGAAAGCUCACCUUGGCCUUCUAUAUCAACUGGUGCAAAGGAUAUCAUCAGGAAAAUGUUGACAAUGGAUCCUAAAAAGCGGAUAACUGCUGCUCAGGCCAUUGAGGAUCCAUGGUUGAAAGAAGGCGGCGACGCAUCAGAUAAACCUCUUGAUAGUGCUGUACUCGUUAGGAUGAAGCAAUUCAGAGCAAUGAACAAGCUAAAAAAGCUUGCUCUAAAGGUUAUUGCAGAAAAUCUUUCAGAAGAAGAAAUCAAGGGCUUGAAACAAACGUUCAAAAACAUGGAUACCGAUGGGAGUGGCUCAAUCACGUACGAGGAGCUCAAAGCUGGAUUGACUAAGCUCGGCUCAAAGCUUACUGAAUCAGAAAUAACAGCGCUUAUGGAUGCUGCGGACGUUGAUAAGAGUGGAACUAUUGAUUACCUCGAAUUCAUAACUGCAACUAUGCAUCGGCAUAGGCUUGAGAGAGAAGAGCACUUGUACCAGGCCUUUCAGUUCUUUGACAAGGAUAACAGUGGGUUUAUUACAAGGGAUGAGCUGAAAAAUGCUAUGGCCGAGUAUGGAAUGGGAGAUGACGAUACUAUAAACGAAGUCCUCGACGAUGUGGAUACCGAUAAAGAUGGGAAAAUUAAUUACGAGGAAUUCGUAGCGAUGAUGCGAAAAGGAAUGCCGGAUGUUGGCGGGCAACAAAUUUGGACUGAGGGUUAAAGAAAGAAGCAGAGUUAAAAUCCUCAGUGAUUCCAAUAUUUCUUUCUGGUUCAGUUCUCUGUGUAUAGUGUUCCCAAGGUUGAUAAACUGCUUCCCUGUAAAUCUCCCAUUAUGUAAUAAUCUUAAUACACUGUGCGUUUCAUAAUGCAAUUUUAAUUUUGCUGUCUUA